UCAACACAAAAAAUUGAACACAGAUACAAUAUAUUUUUUACUGUGUAAUUAUUGUAAUAUAAAAUAUAUGAUCAGUACAGAACUCAAUCCAUUUAUAAGCAUAUUUUAAUUGUUUGAAAAAGAGUAUUUAGAUGAGUUUAUGAAACUAUCACAUGGUGAAAUAGAAACAUUUAAUCAAACUUAUGAUCAUCGAUCAGUAAUGCACUACCCGGAAAAUUCAUUUUCAUCCGACCGCGGGCUAAAAACGAUUAUCCCGAGGCAAGAAAAUAAACACGAAGUCCCAGCUAUUGGAUACAAUAAUAAAAUCAGUUUGGGUGAUUCAGUUACAACAAAUAUUUUGUACCAGUGCCCAAAAUGUGGAGGAGCAUUAUUGGAGCCUAGUGGUUCUUUUAGGUCGCCAAUAAAUCCAAAUCGCUCGUUGGUGGGUGUCGAACGUUGUGAGUGGAGAAUAAGGGCUGCCGAAGGUGAAAGAAUCGAGCUUUUUAUUAUGUCAUUAAGUAUUUACGAGAGUCCUGAUUGUGCAGUUGAUUAUUUGGAAAUCAGAAAUGGCUAUCACAAUACUAGUACAGUUUUGGCUCGUUAUUGUGGAGAUGUUUAUUCAGUUAAUUUAAUUGCUAGUAAUUAUUUACUAGUUGCAUAUGUGAAAGCAAGUGAGAAAAUCACUUACAGUGGGUUCCGAGCUGAUUAUAAGACUAUUUGCGGAAGUAACAUUGACAUUGAGAGAAAUGCGCCAUUCAUUUUAGAAUCAACAAAUUAUCCUGAUGCGUAUCCGCCAAAUAGACGGUGCAUAUGGUACAUUACAGCACCAAAAAAUCAUCGUAUAGUAAUGACGAUCAAUUACUUUGCUCUUGAAAUGAGUGAUGGUUGUAUAAAUGAUUUUCUCGAAAUUAAAGACGGCAAGAAUAAACGUGCGGUUCUUAUUGGGCUCUAUUGCGGUAUCAAAAACUCUUGGCAAGUUAAUUCAACGCUUAGAAAACUGUCGGUUGUAUUUGCGAGUAAUGAAAUAUACCAGGGUAACGGAUUUUCAGCCACGUUAACAGCACUGCCUAUGAAUAGUUAA